UCCAUCUCCACUCUUAGCUCAAACACACACACUCUCUCUCUUUCUCUAGCCAUGGCUGCUGCAAAAAUCUUAAAGAGAAAAAGAUUUCAAGCUUUAAAUCCUCUCUCUUCCGCAGAACCACAGAAGAAAACUCAUCAAAAAAUUGAAGAAGAUGAAGAAUACGAUGAUACUCAUUGUGAAGAAUGUGGAUCUGGCGAUAACGCCAACGAGCUUCUUCUCUGUGAUGAAUGUGAUUUAGGUUUUCAUUUAUAUUGUCUCCGACCUAUAUUAGUUUCAGUCCCUAAAGAUUCUUGGUACUGCGCAGCUUGCACCCAAGACAAAAAAAUCAAAAAAUUUCCUCUUGUUCAGACUAAAAUAGUUGAUUUCUUCCGGAUUCAAAGAUCUUCAGAUUUGACUCAGAAGCCGUGUAAGGACAUUAGAAAGAGACGGAAGAGUCUAGUUAUGUCUAAGAAGAAGAGGAAGCUUUUGGCUUUCAAUCCAACGGAGGAUCCUGAAAGGAGAUUGGGGCAAAUGGCUUCGUUGGCUACAGCAUUGACGACAACUGGUACCAAAUUCAGUAAUUAUCUUACAUAUGUGGACGGAUUAGCUCCUAGAUCAGCAAAUAACCCUACUCUCGAGGAUGGAGGAAUGCAGGGAAGGAAGGAAGAAACAGAAUCUUAAAUGUGUAAGAUUUAACGUCAAUGGCGAAUGUCGUGUCCUACUGAUUGCAAAUAGAGAUAUAAAGAAGGGUGAACGAUUAUACUACGAUUAUAAUGGACUAGAACAAGAGUACCCAACUGAACACUUUGUCUAAUUUAUCUUAUUUUACU